ACUCAUCUUCAAAGCAAAUGACCAACAUGCGACCUUUCCUUCACCGUCCAUCAUCUCUUACAACAAUCUCUCUCACUUUCUAGGCAAAACACACAUAUCUUCUCGAGAAAAUAAACCAACAUGGGAGAGACAGAAACCAUGGCGACAAACUAACCAAACCAUAUAUAUACAUCUAUUAUCUAUAUACUAUCUAAUGAGUAACGGAGACAGAGUCAUGAUCAGCCACUGGAGCUUCCACAUACCACGUCUAUAUCAUCAUCAUCAUAAUGAGCAUGAUCAUGAAAAGGUACCAAAAGGGUGUUUGGCAGUGAAGGUAGGACAAGGAGAAGAGCAAGAGAGAUUUGUGAUUCCCGUUUUGUACUUUAACCAUCCUUUGUUUGGACAACUCUUGAAGGAAGCUGAAGAAGAGUUUGGUUUUGCUCAAAAAGGGACCAUCACCAUCCCUUGUCACGUUGAGGAGUUUAGGUACGUUCGAGGAUUGAUCGAUCGAGAAAACACUAAAUAUCUCGGUCAUAAUCUCUUUGAUCAUCACCAGCAUUAUCAUCACAACCAUCUCAUACGGUGUUUUAGGGUUUGAUGCUCUCUUGUUUUGGCUGUUUUUAAUAAAGUAUACAUCUAUCUCAGUGCUGUUGAUUGUAAAUAAAUAUUGGUCUUCAUUUCAUCUCUAUCUUAUUGUGUGCCUCUUUGUUGUUCACAUAUAUUUCAAAUUACUUUUUUUU